GGCGAUCAGUAGACGCUAGUAACAGCUGUUCUGACGCUAGGAAGGUAUUGGAGUGUAAAAUUUAUAUAUCUUUCUUUUUUUAUCAUUAAUUUAAUUGAAUAUAUAUUUGAUAAACUUAAUAAUACCAAUGAUUAAUUGGAAAAAAUCAAUCUAUUACAUAUAUUCAAAGAAAUAAAUAAACGAAAAUGCUUGUCAAGAUAUAGGUUAUAUAUCGUAUUUACGUAUAGCCUGAAAAUGAUUUUUGCGUUUAUAACAUUUUAUUAAAUAAAAUAAAAGAAAAAAGAAAAUUCAUUUUUUAAUAAAAAACGUGCCAAAAUGUCAAAUUGGAACGAAAGUAAGGGCCCGAUUCCUCCACGAUGGCUUCAUUGUCCACGGAAAGCAAUCAAAUUAAUUCAAAAUAAAUUCCUUGCUUUCAAAACUCCAUUGUCAUCUUCAUAUGACAACCAAGUACCAGAAGAAUGUCGGUUUACAGUGGAUAUGUUAUUCGCAUCGUUAAAAAGUCAGAAAAUAAAGUUAGGUUUAUGGAUUGAUCUAACUAAUACUACAAGAUUUUACGAUAAAAAAAGCUUAGAAGCGUAUGGUUGCAAAUAUUUAAAGUUACAGUGUAGAGGUCAUGGUGAAACUCCUUCUGAAGAACAAACAAGAACAUUUGUGCAAGUUUGUAAAAAAUUUAUAUCAUAUAAUCCAUUAGAAGUUAUUGGUGUUCAUUGUACACAUGGUUUCAAUAGAACUGGCUUCCUUAUAAUUAGUUAUUUAGUAGAAACUGAUGGUACUAGUGUUGAUGCUGGUUUGGCAGAAUUUGCUAAUGUAAGACCACCAGGCAUAUAUAAAGGUGAUUAUAUUCAAGAAUUAUUUAGGCGAUAUGAUGAUAUUGAGGAUGCUCCUGAUCCUCCACCAAGACCAGCUUGGUGCUUAGAAUAUGAUGAUUCUAAUGUAGAAGACAGAGAUGAAGGUCCAAGUACAGAUAAUGAUAAUUAUAAUCAAGAUAUAUUCAAUAAAAGAAGAAGACGUGAAUUUAAUAAUAAGAAUCCAGUAUUUAUGGCUGGUAUACCUGGAGUGAAACCUAUUUUAGAUAAUAGGAAAUUAAGUGGAAUACAAAGACGUGUUCAAGAUAUCUGUUCUUGGAAAUCAACAGGAUUUCCAGGUUCUCAGCCAGUUUCUAUGGAUGAAGAUAAUAUUAGAUUGUUGCAUGAAAAACCUUAUAGAGUGUCAUGGAAAGCAGAUGGGACCAGGUAUAUGAUGUUAAUUCAAGCGGAUGGAGAAAUUUAUUUUAUAGAUAGAGAUAAUAGUAUAUUUCAAGUUAAUGGAAUGACUUUUCCACAUCCAAGAGAUAUAUCUAGAACUCUUAAAGAUACAUUGUUAGAUGGUGAAAUGGUGAUUGACAAAGCAGAUGGUAAAGAAUAUCCAAGAUAUUUAGUUUAUGAUGUAGUGAUGUAUGAUAGCAGAGAUGUUAGUAAAUUGCGAUUUCAUCCUGACCGUUUUUGUAUCAUUGAGCGUGAAAUUAUAGGUGGCAGACAUAGAGCAAUGAAAGAAGGAAAAUUAAGAAAAGAAAUGGAACCCUUUUCAGUACGAUUAAAAUCCUUUUGGGAUGUAAUACAGGCUGCUAGUUUAUUAAGUGAAAAAUUUGCCAAACAAUUAGGUCAUGAACCUGAUGGCUUAAUAUUUCAACCUGCUAAUGAACCCUAUUGUCCAGGACUUUCACGAGAAGUUUUAAAAUGGAAACCUUUAUCCCAUAAUUCUGUUGAUUUUAGAUUAAAAAUAGUAACAGAAUCUGGGGAAGGAAUUCUUCCACAGAAAGUUGGACAACUCUAUGUAGGUGGUAUAAAAGAACCAUUUGACAGAAUGAAAGUCACUAAACAGAUAAAAGAUUUAAAUAAUGCAAUUAUAGAAUGUAAAUUUGAAAAUGGCAAAUGGGUGUUUAUGCGUGAAAGAACUGAUAAAUCAUUUCCUAAUUCAUUCAGUACAGCUCAAUCAGUAUGUAAAAGUAUUAUAAAACCUAUAACAACUGAACGACUUUUAGAUUAUAUAAAUAGGCAUCGAUUUUUACAAGAUGAUUCUGAUCUUAUGCCACCACCGAAUAAAAAGCGUAAAUGAUUACAUUUAGUUUUAAUGAUACUACAAUGUAUUUAAAAAUUAAAAAAUAGAUUUAUUGUAAAAUUUUAAUGAAUUUAUAAACAUGAAAAUUAUUCAAGCUUUACAUUAAUUAUAUCUAGCUUAUUAUAUUCCAUCAAACUUGUUUCAAUUGCUGUAAAACUUUAAUAAUCUUAAAUUGUUCAUUCAAUAAAGAAACUUUGU